AUGGAGCAACUGUUUCAAAGAUACGUGCUGCAGGCAAACAAGAUUCAUCUGAUCCAUGUGCUCGGCCUCUUGAUCGCCUCCUUGUUUGUCAUGUUUCUCGGACUCGUCCUAAUCUUCGUUGUCAGCUCUUCGUCCGGAAAAUCCCACAGCAAGUCUGACCGCAACAAGAGUAUAGUAACUUUACUCUUUGUGUCUGUCAGUAUAUUUGUGUUUGCUAUUUUGUUGGGAAUAGUGGUUUUUCACAAGAAGACUAGUGAAACAUUUCUGUUACACAUUUCCUAUGGCAUGACAGCUACGUUCUUAGUUUUGGAGAUGGCGCUGACCCGCAAUGCUGCCAACUUAUGGGCCACAGUGUUCUUCGUCUACAUCACCUACGCUCUGCUGCCAAUACGCCUUCUGGAAGCAACCCUGGCUGGCUUCUCGCUCUCCAUCAACCACAUUCCUGCUUUCCAGAAAGAGGUCGUCUUGCCAAGCUCCCACGUCAAUCUUAAUGAGGUUGUUCAGAUUGUUCAAAAAUCAAUAGUUUAA